CCAGUCAGCUGACUAUCACAUCCGCCGUGUCUAGUUUAUGGAAGUGAGAUUGUUUAUUCUCUGCGCAGAGAUGAGAAAAGAGGAAAAAGCAUGUUUAUGAUGACUCGUCUCUUUUCAAACCCGCAGGUGCCCGGUAGUCAAGCUCGAACGCCAGUGUUUAUGACCCUAGACAAAAGCAAUAGAACAAAAGUGAUGAAACGCUAAACACACAGUUUAACAAUAUCUAAUUCUUAUUGACUGUCACCCAAUAAAUAUCAUUCUAAUUUAAUGUUACUACAGAGUACAUGUUUUCGAACACAAGUGCAGAGUGACAAUGAUGCGAAUGAUACUCUGACAUCGAUUAGUUUACACUGAAGCCAGUCGCUCUGGACAUCACGAAGCGAAACAAGCCGAGCGACCGCGUUGCUAGGGUAUCAGCGCCACCUUGAGGCAGCGCAUCAUGGGCAUAACCAAGCAGUACCUGCGCUACGUCUCUGGCGCGGUCUUCGGCGUGAUCGGCAGCCAGAAAGCAAACAUCGCCUACGUGACGCUCCGCGGCGGCGAAAGGGGCCGCUAUGUGGCCGUGGCUGCGUGCGAACAUGUCAUCGUCUGGGACAUCCGCAAAGCGGAAAAGGUCUUGAUCCUGAAGGGUCAGAAACACGAAGCAACCUUUUUGUGCCCCUCACCCGAUGGCGUCCACAUCGCCGUGGGUUACGAAGAUGGCGCCGUGAGGAUCUUCAGCCUGCUGGACGGCGAGAGCAACGUCUGCUUUAAUGGCCACAAGUCUGGCGUCACGGUCAUACGCUACGACGGUCUGGGGGCGCGGCUUGUCACUGGUUCCAAAGACACGUACGUGAUCGUGUGGGACGUGAUCAACGAGUGCGGCCUGUACCGCCUGCAAGGCCACAAGGACAUGGUGACUCAGGCGCUCUUCCUCAAGGACCAGAACCUCCUGGUGACCAGCUCCAAGGACUCUUUUGUCAAGUGGUGGGACUUGGACACGCAGCACUGCUUCAAGACCAUGGUCGGCCACCGCAGUGAGGUGUGGUCCAUGGCGUUUGUCAACGGCGAGAGGCGACUGUUAACGGGCUCCGCCGACAGCGAGCUGAGAGCGUGGGACAUCAGCUACCUGCAGGAGGAACCAGCUGAGGGCGAGCCUGAAGUGAAGAAGGGCAAAACUCUCCCGCAGGACGACGGCGGCGGCGGCGACGCGGACGAGAGCCCAGCUGACCGCAUUUUGACUUGUAAGAAAGCCGGCUCCAUCCUCCGCGAGGCCAGAGAUCGGGUGGUGUCUCUGGCCUGUGACAACAAGGCCAGGGUCAUCGCUUGUCAUGGCAACGACUCCAUCCUGGAGCUCUUCACGGUGCUGUCAGAGCAGGAAGUCAAGGAGAAAAUGGCCAGGAAGCUGAAGAAAGCAAAGAAGGCGGCGGCCAAAACGCAGGGUGAAGGUGAGGAUCCAGUUGUGGAGAAGAGGCUGAAGGACGAGAUCGUCCGAUUGAGCAACAUCAAGGCGUCGGCCAAGAUCAGCUCGGUGGACUGCCUGACGUGCGGCGGUGGCGAGCUGAAGGUGGCGCUGCUGCUGCAGAACAACACCAUCGAGACCUACAGCCUGAAGACUUCGGAUAAGACCCCAGCGGCCAACAAAACGGCGCGCCUCACCCUAGGCGGGCAUCGCACCGACGCCAGGACGCUGUCCUUCAGCUCGGACAACCUGGCCAUCCUCUCUGCGUCGGGCGACACGGUCAAAGUGUGGAACAGACCCACCCUGCAGGUGAUCCGCACCAUGGCCUGUGAAUACGCCCUCUGCUCUCUCUUUGUGCCCGGGGACCGACAGAUCAUCCUGGGCUCCAAGAGUGGGAAGCUGCAGAUCUUUGAGUUGGCUUCAGGAAGCCUCCUGGAGACCGUUGAUGCCCACGAUGGAGCCCUGUGGUCUCUGUGCCUGGCCCCUGACCAGAGGGGGAUAGUGACCGGAGGUGCAGACAAGACAGUUAAGUUCUGGGACUUUGAGCUGAUAAAAGUUCAAGGGAGUGGACAGAAGAGGCUGACGUUGAAACACACUCGCACGUUACAGCUGGAGGAGGACGUCCUAUGCGUGAAGUUCUCUCCCAACCACAGGCUUCUAGCCGUCUCUUUGCUGGACUGCACCGUCAAAGUCUUCUUUAGCGACACGCUGAAGUUCUUCCUGUCGCUGUACGGCCACAAGCUGCCCGUUCUUUGUCUGGACAUCUCACACGACAGCACGCUGAUCGCCACCGGCUCCGCAGAUCGCAACGUGAAGAUCUGGGGUUUGGACUUUGGCGACUGUCACCGCUCCAUGUUUGCACACGAUGACAGCGUCAUGUACCUCCAGUUCGUCCCCAAGACACACUUGUUCUUCACAGCGGGCAAGGACAAGAAGAUCAAACAGUGGGACGCCGACAAGUUUGAGCACAUUCAGACCUUAGAGGGUCACCAUCGCGAGGUGUGGUGUCUGAGCAUCAGCCCCAACGGCGACCAUCUUGUCUCCUCCUCACAUGACAAGUCCCUGCGCCUGUGGGAGAGGACGCGGGAGCCCAUCAUCCUGGAGGAGGAGAGAGAGAUUGUUCGAGAAGCCGAGUUCGAGGAGAGCUUGGCCAAAGGAGACGCUCCGGUGGUACCUGGAGAGACCCAAGGCGAGGCUGCACCGGCCGCCAAAAAGACUGUGGAGACUGUGAAAGCUGCUGAGCGCAUCAUGGAGGCUCUGGAGCUCCUCAGGCAGGAGAACAGGAAGAUGGAGGAACAUAAAUAUGCUUGUGAGCGUGCUGGAAAAGAGCUGGCGCCUCCCGAGCCCAAUUCCAUCCUUGUGGCCUUUGGAAACAUUUCUCCGUCUCGCUACGUCCUAGACGUCAUCAAGAAGGUCCGGUCCAGCGAGCUGGAGGUUUCCCUGCUGGUCCUGCCGUUCUCGUACGUUCCCGAGCUGUUGGCGCUCUUCGACGGAUUCAUCCGGCAAGGCCUGGACGUGGAGCUGGUGUGUCGCUGCCUCUUCUUCCUGCUCAAGAUUCAUUUUGGUCAGAUCUCCAGCAGCCAGAAGCUCCUCGCCGUCAUCGAUGACCUCCGCACCCACACGCUCUCCAAAGUGAAGGAGAUCCGGGACCUGAUGGGCUUCAACAGCGCCGCCCUGCAGUUCCUCCAGCGCCAGAUCGAGAGUAAGGAGGAAGUGAUGUUUUUCAUGGACGCCACGGACCGGCUGAAGGAGAAGAAGAAGAAGAAGAGGAAGAGGGAGCGAGCCAUCCUCACCAUCGCUUGAAAGAUCACGUUGUGUUUUCUACAGUUAGCGUCUUGAAUAAAUACCUUGUUCUCACCUU